AUGACCAAGACGAGGAAAGGUCAGACUCGGAAGGUGCGUUAUGUACAGGAAGGCAAGGGGCAGCACAGGGCAAGGAAGGGGCACGAUAUAAACAAGCUGUGGUCGGGGAAGGAGCCCGCAAGAAAGCCAAGAGAGUGCCUAUGCCGGACGAGAGAAAAGAAAGCGAAGUGUCACUGGGAAGGGGGGAGGGGGACGUUCGAUGGAAAGACCGUUGCCAGCAGGAUGCGGAGGCGCGAUGUGGAGAGAAAAGGCGAAGAGGUGCUAGCGAGAAAGGAAGGAGAUACGGACGACCGGAUCGCGAGAGGAAAAGAUGCACUGCAGCAGAAGGAGGCAGUUGCGUUGCGGAACAGCCGGCGCAGAAAAAAAUACCAGGAUGUGUGUUGCUGGAUGCGUGUGAAGAACCGGGGGAAGGGACUGGAGGAGGAGUGA